GGCUGCUGAGAGCAUCCGCUGGUCAGCCCUGGUACUGCAGCCCACACGGCAGGGGAACCCAGGAAGGCAGGUCGCUGGACACAGGAUUUCCAGGAGCUGGUUGGGAAUCAGUUAUUGGCCAGUUUAGCUAAACAUCAGAGGCUGGCACGUCAGGCUGGGCAGCGGACAGAGGCACGUCAGGCUGGGCAGCGGACAGAGGCAUGACAGCGGGCACCGAGUCAUCUGGCACGACAGCGGGCAACGAAGCAUCUGGCAGAACAGUGGGCAACAAGUCAUCUGGCAGAACAGCGGGCAACGAGUCAUCUGGCAGAACAGCGGGCAAUGAGUCAUCUGGCAGAACAGCGGGCAACGAGUCAUCUGGCAGGACAGCGGGCACCGAGUCAUCUGGCACGACAGCGGGCACCGAG